CAAGCAAUUACAUUCGCCUUGUAGAAAUUCAGCACAGACCUCUUUAAAACAAAAACUAAUCAAAAUGUUCAAAUUGGUGGUGUUGUCUGCUAUCCUGGCCGUUGCCGUCGCUGCCCCAUCUGGAGUCUCCCACUAUGCUGCCCCCAUCCUCACCAAAGCCGUCCACUAUGCCGAACCCCUCCACGCCACGGUGGUGAAGCCCGAGCUGGAGCGCCGCACAUACGUCGAGGUUGAGCCCCAGGUGCACGUUGUGGACACCCCAGUGGUGAAGAAGGUUGCCGAUGUUGUUGAGCACAUCCCAACUGCUGUGUCCCACCAGAGCUCCACCAUUGUCCACAACACCGAGCGCAUUGCUCACCCCAUCCUUGCUCACGGAUACGAGAAGACCAUCGUCGAGGGUGCCCCACUCGUCAAGACUUACCAUGAGGAUACCCCAGUCCUCAAGACCUACACCGCUCCUGUUGGUUAUGCUCACACCUACGAGAACCACUACGAACCCCACCUCUACACCCACCCCAUCAACCACCACGCCUACGCCUACGCUGCCCCACACACCUACGCCUACGAUGCCCCACACACCUACGCUCACACCUACGCCGCCCCAGCUCUCCGCUACGGAUGGUAAUUCAGCAUGGGAAUUAUUUAAAAAUUCUAGAAAAGAAAA